CGCCCGUCCACUUCUCACUUCCACCCAAACCACGACCAAAAUCAUUGCAUAUUACUCUCUGUUCCUCCUGCACGUUCAUAUUCACAUGUAAAGCUUAUCGCUUCACGACAAUGGCUCCAACGCGUAAGUCUACAUCCAAAAAGAAGGCCACCACUUCUGCAUUGUCAAGAGUGCGCAAACGGCCUCAUGCGGGGACGAUACACGGCGACAAUGCCCAUAUGCAGCCAGACCCGAGAGUCAGGAAUCUUCUCAACGCUUCGAAUGGCACAUUUGCGCAGAACGACGUACCUAAUUUGACGACGAGUGGAGAGCGUUCCAAUGAGGACUCCUCUAGAAUUUCGGCAUCCUGCUGCUAUUCUACGGGGCUGGUCGAUUUACCAGACCCCCAUUCCGAUGAUGUAGUUGUCAUUGAUGACGAUGAGCCGAGCGAUAGCACGCGAGUUGUCAUCGACUUGACGCAGGAACCCGGACCCGAGCCUCGAUUGGAAAAGAAAGACAUAUUCCCGUUCUUGAAGCUGCCCUCGGAGAUCCGCAACCAGGUCUACCUCGAGCUGAUACCCAGCUGCUAUGAAAUUUUCUACGGCUACAGAAAUCUCCUUAAUGCCAAUGGUCGACGCGUCCCAGGGCUCGUCACGGCGAGAGACAAGAAUGGGGUUGUGUAUUCACGUUGGGUUAGACGGAAAGUAGAAAUACAGGGGUUCAAAGGACCUCGCACUCGCGUUGUAUCAUGUGAACAGCGAUUUCCCCCCGUCGUGCUCAAUGUUUUUCUCCUCAACAAGUUUAUCUGCAAUGAAGCACGUGCGGUUUUAUAUGGAAAGAACACAUUUAACUUCAACAUAAACGCAGUCGCAAAAAAGUACGACGAGUCCAAGGUGUUCGGCCUCUUCGCCGACCCCGCCAGGAAGCACCUCCUUCGCGAACUCCGGCUCAUUACACUACUCAUCGAUGUGAACGAUGGCUCUCAUCUCGCCAUUACACGCCACCGAGAACGUCUUCAUCAGUUCAUGCAGGAAUUGCAAAAAUACUCGCACGACUCGGAGCACAAGUCCUUGUUGAAGAGGCUGAAGGUCGACUGGUUUGCCACGUCACUCUACCGAAGUCGUAAUGGUGGUCUUGUCCCUAUGAUGCCGCGAGUCAUAGGUAUACCCGAUGCCGCUAUGCGCUCCGCCGAUGGAAACCAGAAGAACUACAUCUUCGGACUAGAGGGCUUGACUGCACUGAGUGGGGUAGAAGAGGUUGAGAUCAACGGAGCGUAUGUUCCAUCGUGGUUUAUCGAGUGUUUGACGCGCUGUCUCAAGGGGAGUGCGGAGGCGCCUCCACCUAUUAAUUAUCCGGAGCUCGUGGUUAGAAAGAAGAAUAGGGAUAAGGGAAAUGGAGCUAGGAGGACGUAUAAGUACGUCGCGGUGUCUACGAAGAAGUGGUGCGAUCCCUGGCUGAACUGGACGGAGUUUGCGGAGAACGAGGGAAUUGAGGUUCCUGAGAUUGACCGGUUUAGGCUUCAGGGUCUGCGGUGCUAGGGAAAGGAAUGAUGGGAUAUAGUUGCCUCGAUAACGCGCGUCAGGGACGAGGAAGGAUAAGAUGGAUGCAUGAAAUUGACCCAGGUAGGCAGAAUUGAGCUUAUUUCCGCCCUUUGAGUGAGGCGGUAAAGGCUCGCCCCAGGCAUACCGAUCGAUUCUGAGCUUUACGAAUCCAGAUGAAGGAACUACCCAUCGUAUGCACACUGCAUUCCAACCAUACGCUUGAGGUAAAGAAAUGGACGCCGAUCAAUCAGUCGUUAGGAAUUAAUGCAGCUUACAAUAUAUAUAUAGAUAUAAAG